UUAUUUAAUUAAAAGGCUUGUCACUCAAGUAUUUCAUACUCGUCGCCAAUAUCGUUAUUUCGUUAGGGAAUCAAGUGAUGUACCAGUAUAUAAUCAGUAUAAAUUUAGCAAAGGGUUAAGACAGUCGAUAAUACAAUUCUAAGAAAAUGGCUACGAUUGAAGCCGAUAAAAUGCUGCAGCAAAUUUCAAAAAUAUUUUAUCUGAGUGGAAUAUGGCAAAGUGACGGGGAGUCGAAAUACCGAAAAAUCUCCAAGAAAUGUUUCUACUCCCUUUUUGCUGCUUGGAUACCAAUUUUCUUUGCAAUUAAUGCAUUUCGAUGUGUCGAUCGGAACGAAUCUGUUCAUUCUGCACAAAUUGCAGUUUUAACGGCGGUUGAAUACGUGAAAUUUUUGUACCUUAUGUACAAGAAACAAGAAAUUCUCUCAUUUUUGAAUGAUCCGAUCUUUGUUCAUUCAAUUCAAAAUCGAGAAGAAUAUGAGCUCGCGAACAGAAAGAUAGAGAAAUUGAUGAAAUUCCUACGUCCAUAUUGUUUGGCCAUAUUCAUAACUGUUUUUUUGGUCAUUGUUAUAAAAUUGCCAAUAUUCUCAGCCGAUAAAGGUUUGCCGUUUUUUAUUAGCUUCACGUGGAACGUAUCAGAAAUUUUUUAUUGGUUGGCGUACUUAAUCAUAUCGCUGUCAAUAGUGUUGUCUGCCGUAAUAAAUUUUAUUACUGUACUAGUUUGGUACAUAAUGUUGAAUUAUUCUAUUGAGUACGAAUUGCUGGGAAAUAAAUUAAAAACCUUAGGAGUAUCAACGGAGAAAGACAAAAAUCAGGACAAAAACGACAAACAAAAGAAAAUUGUGGAAAAAAUACAGAGCCGGAAAAGCCAGAUCGGUGUACAACAAAGUAAAAAAUUCGUCGAAAAUUUAAUUGUUUUGAUAAAAGCUCAUCGAAACUUGACCGAAACAGUAGAGCGAUUUCGAUCCUGUUUCUCAACACUAUUUUUGGCCCAAAUCACAAUCAGCGGCAUAAUUAUUUGUGUUUCAGUUUACAGUUUAGCAUUUACUUCGAACCGAAAUAUUGUACAAACAGAGUUUUAUUUCGCUGAACUGCUGUAUGGAUUUUUUGAUAUUUUUUUGGUUAUGUACCUGGCAAAUGACAUUACCGUUAUGAGUGACCGACUAUCUUACUGUUUAUUUUCGUCAAAUUGGAUUGAGCAAACUGAAUCAUGUAAAAAGUAUGUUCUCAUCAUGGGCGAAAUGUUGAAGCAGCCACAACAACUGGUCAUCUUGAUUUAUCCAAUGAACUUGGAAACGUUUCUGAAGAUUGUGAAAGGUGCCUACAGCAUGUUUAACAUAUUGAAAAGUUUGUAGUGCGAUU